UAGAAAUUAGGGUUUAACGAUAACAAGUCUGAAAAAAGUUUCAUCGAAAUAGCACCAAUCUGCAGCAAUGAUCUACGACGUCAACUCUCCGUUGUUCCGUUCCUUCCUCAGCCAGAAGGGAGGCUCAGCUGAUAAAAGGAAAAUGGAGGAGAGGCCAAAGGAGCAAAAGCCAAAGGCAAAUGAAAACAAGCCUGUCAUGAAUGAGUAAUGCUGUCUUUUCAACUAAACACAUAUACAUGGUGUAUGUCAUAUCUUUCUUUGUAUUUUGUUCAUGGAGUUUUAUGAUAUAGCUGGUAUCAUGUCUGUUAUGAGGUCAUUAUCUUCAUCACUUUUUGACUGUUUGAUAUUUCUUUUGUAAUGAUCUUUGUUCGGGAUUUA